AGCCAAUUCGACGUUCCAGUCUUCGAGACUCACCGCCCAACACCUCGGUGCUUCUACCUCCAGAGACAUACUACAUCUUCACCUCUCAGGAGCAAUGGACGCGUUCUUCGACAUCGCUACUCCCGUCCCCGCCGAGGCCGAGGAGAUCGAGCAGGCUCCCGUCAACUACGACACUGGGAGCGGCAGCGGCAGCGGUAGCUGCACGAUUGCAUGACUGGAUUUCUCACCUUUGUAAGCCCCUUGUCUGCGGUUGUCGAUGACGCUCUGCUGACAUUGUCGCGUGUAGCUGGGCGCACUUGCUCGCCCACACCUAUGAUCACGUUCACGACUCGCGCACCUUCGGUUUUCGCGCCCCACACACCCGUUUGCAAGCCUUCGUUCUCGAUUACCCUUAAGUUAUUCCAUUCGAAGUUUGGGAGCAGGAUGGGAAGAGUGGUGGAACUCAUCGGCUACCUUUUAUCCUUGUCCUGGGUUACCCCCAGUCGACGCCAUCAUGACGAGAGGAGAGUAGUGGACGCCAGUGUACUUGUAUUGCCUGGAUUAUCGCACAUUCGCUGAUUGCGAAGUUCUAUGCUUGUAUGCUUGA